UUGCUCGAUCAGUCGGAUCGGUCAAAUUUUUAGUCACAGCAACUAGACUUUUUUGGUUACAGCAACCAAAAUUUCGGUUACAGCAGCUAAAUUUUUGAUGCCCAUAUCACUAAACCGGGCGGAUAGAACGGAAUUUGACCGUGGGUAUCACAAUUUUGAUGGCUGCAACGAAGCAGUGUAGACGAGGGGGUUGUCACUUGAGUACUGCGUACACGUCCGUCAUAGAGGCGCUCAAAUACAGUAGCCGAAAUACAGUAGGCCUAUACCGCGCCGUAGAGUCGCCGUUUGGGCCAUGAUUUUGGGUUUACGUGGCCCAAGGCAGUCGUUAGCUCGGGACAACCCGACCUGACCCAGUCUUGUCUAUAUUCAGUAACACUACGUCGACCCGUGUGGGCUAGUCAGUCGGGUCAGUCAGACCCGCUCGGGCCAGCUGGACCCACCCGACCCGGGCUGCGGGUCUGCUGGACCUGCCUCGGCCAGCCCGGCCCAGCAGUUCACGGGCUUCCCCUCACCCCGCGUCUCCCUGCCCCUCACCUACAAUUUUGUUGGCUCCAGGCUUGGGUCGGAUGGGUCUACUGUUCUGUUGCUCGACCCAACUGACCCAUGCUGGUCCAGGCGGGCCCGUCAGACCUUACACCUCCCGCCGCUGGACCACUGGACCCGCACGGGUCCGUCUAGCCCACCUCUCAGAGAAAUGGCAAUUUAACAGCACAAAUAAUCCGUAGCGUGAGGCUGGGUCAGUCGGGCCGCCCAAACGGCGUCUCUACCGCGCCGUAAUUGCUGGCAAAUGGGUGAUGUUCUGUCGGUUGCCUACUUACAUGUGCCAAUUGUCUGCUGUUGAUAUGAAAGUUUGAAGUCAGAGGGACGGGUGGAACGACAACAAACCCCAGCUGCCCAACUGCGCGGGAUUUUUCGUUCUGUUUUACGAAAGGGUGUAAUGGGAAAUAUGUCCACCCUCUCUCAAGCAGUCUCAAGUCUCUCAAGUUUCUCAGUUGGAAUGGUUGAAAACGCCGACUGGGGCGCGCCACCCCAACGUAAGAUAACCUACCACAAGGUGUCUAGAAAAUUUAACACGGGUAAUGUACCUGCUAACAUGGGCAAUGUUACAUCCAGUUAAGAAUUUUGUCGUUUCCCUCCACGCGGAGGGCGAGAGGGAAGCGCGGGCGGCGAAGCGGGGUAGGGUAGGUAGGCAGUUCUUCCGCCACUGCCUCCCCGCCCGCACCCUACCCCUCGCCCGCCACGCGCCGGCGUGACAAGCCGUCGUAAUAACCCUUUUUGAAGUUUGAAGAAGGAUAUAACUCAGGACUGGUUGCUUGAGCUGGUUGGCCAGCCCGCCAGCCCGCUUGGACGAAUGAGCCGCCAGCGCGCCAGCAGCGCCAGCAACAAACCUGACUGCGAAUAGUAAAUAUAUGGACGCAGUGUCGACUACGACUACCGACUAGACUGCGCUUAACCGCAGCGUCAAGCGUCAAACAAACACAACCCACAAGUCACAAGUUGAGAGUUCUUAUUUUGUGCCUGCCACCUCUUCUUUUGGUGAAAUGGCCGCUCAAAAUAUUGACUUGGUUGACGAGGAUGCUGCUGAUCUACAAUUUCCGAAAGACUGUACCAUGACUUCUGAGACAGAUUUUGAAGAACGGUUCUCUGAUACAUGUUAUAUUUGUGGGAUGUGGCUCCGUGAGCCAUACAUAACUUGUGUUGACUGCAAAAACACUUUGAUUUGUACUAAGUGCUUUGCCAGUGGUGGAGAGCGCAAUAAUCAUUAUAACUAUCAUAAAUAUUCUGUGAUUCGCAAUGAGUUUCCUUUAUUGGGCAACUGGACUGCUAAAGAAGAAUUAGCGCUACUCGAGGCAAUGAUUGAAUUUGGAGCUGACAAUUGGACUGAUAUCGCCAAGAAAGUUUCUUCAAGAUGUGAAGAGGAAUGUAUGAAGCAUUACUUCUGGUUUUAUUCAGAAAACUCUGACCUUCAGCUUCAAGUGGGAGAAACCUUUUCCUCACACAGAGUUGAAACAGCUCAGCAAACUGUUAUGACACCAUUCAGUAGAUAUGUUUCCAAUUCUAAAAAGAUUUCUGACUUUGAAGGGCCAGAUGACCAUGCCCAGCUAUCAAAGAAUAGUUAUUCGCUAAAAUUAAAACUAAAUCCCUAUCUUAAACAGCAACAGCAGCUGUAUCAAAGAGCAGAUCUUUCCCGCCCUCUCUUUGAAUGUCGCGCUACGCAGUUUAUUCCUGGUUACAAUGCAGCUCGUGGAGAGUUUUCUGUUGAAUUCGAUGACAGUGCUGAGCUAAUGGUUGCUGAAUUAGACUCUGAGAUAGCUGAUCCAGAGGACAAUGAUUAUGAAGUUCUGACCGAUAUGCAAGUAGCAAUAGUUGAAGCUUAUAAUGGGCGGCUUAGAGAAAGGAAGCGGAGAAAGCAGAUCAUUAGGCAUCAUGGACUGCUGCUUUUGCAGAAAACAAUUGGAUGGCUCCAAAGAUUUGAGGGAACCAUUGGUAGAGAAAUAGCUGAAAAGUUGACUGGUCUAAUGCGUGUCUUAAAUGGGAAGAAGUUUGAUUUCUUAAUGGAAAGUCUCCAUGCUAUGGGUGAAACUCGAGCUAAAAUAAAACAGUUGAAAGAACUGCGUGACAAAGGCAUUACAAGUCAUAGGGCUAAUAAAUUGUAUGCUCAAUUAUCCGAUCUACGCAAUCAGGUCAAAAAAGAUGGCCCUAUUUUGAGUGGCACUUUCCUGCCAUGGUCAGGAGCAAAUGCUCCAGCAGUACCAAUUCAAACAUCUGCUCCAAGAAAAAAACCACCUCCACUGGAUAUAAUGACACUCCCUGGUUAUGAAAAGCUUACGCCCUCAGAACGAGAAUUAUGCUCCAAUCUUAGACUUGCCCCGCUUUCAUUCCUUGACUUCAGAGACAUUCUUGUCACUGAAAGUCGUAGAAACCCUGGCAGUUCUCUGAAACUUGCUCAAGCAAGAGUUCUUAUUAAAAUUGAUGUAAACAAGACGAGAAAGCUCUAUGACUUUUUGUUGAAUGAAGGUUAUUUUACUCAGGGAACAUAGCUUUUGUAUCUAUAUUUAUAACUUUUGAAAACUAAAACAAUAAAUUAUCUUUCCUUAAAA